GUUCAGUGAGAGUGCCGCGAUCAUUUUGCCGAUCUACCGUGAAAGUCACGAUCACAUAGUAGAAGAUGUUGCUGUUAAUCUUGUUAUCAUGCUGCUCGGUAGUUCCAAUUUUAUCUGAAAAGACGUUGAAUCAGAAUGAUCUUAAGGAACGAGCAUCGGCGCAAUUGCAGCGUUUAGCACCGUAUCGAAGAUCGAUCGAUCGAGCUGGAUCGGAUCCUCCGAGUUCGGAGAGGCCGAUCGAUCGAAAGAAAACUUCUGAGGAAUCGAAAGAACAGGAAGAGCAGAGGAUAGCCAUGCAAAUUCUCGAAAUGAUCGAGAAAUCUGAAGAAUUUCAAAAAGCUAUGGGAAGUAUGAAGAGGAUCGAUGAUAAUAAAUUGACGAUCGAUCUAGUAACUGAUCCACGGUACACUGAAUACCUACAAGAACAGGAUAGAACCAAACGAUCGGGUUCAGGUAGUUUUAUUACCGGAUCCAGUAGCAUCAUUUCGGGAAUAGCUAGUGGAAUAAUCGGUGGCCUCACUAGUGCAUCAGGAGCAGCUUCGAGAGGUUCUAUAGGUGGUGAUAGUCAACCUACUCAUGUUGUUUAUGGACCACCUGUUCAACCGUACGGCGAAAAGACGUUCGACGUGUGGGAUUUCAAGAAAGCAAUUUUGAAUACCGUGAUUCAAGCAUUGAAAGCUAUAAGUGGUGGAGUAUUGGCAUUAAAAGGUCAAUUGAUCAAAGGUGGUGGCUUCUUGGUUUCCACGAAGGGCAAAAUUAUUAGUACGACUGGUGACGCCAUAAGUUCGCUCGGUCGUCAUAUUGCAGCAAGUGCCGUCAUACAAGCACCAAAGCCACACUAUGGUCAUCCGAGUUAUGGUUAUGAUCAUCGACCGAUCGAACACGACAACACCUACGACGGACCGCCACCACACAUCGAGGAUUAUCCUGGACCAGCUAAUAAUUACGACGAACAUUCGAGUUAUCCAUCGGCAUCGGACGACGAAGAUCGCUCAGGACAGCAGCUCAUGAAACCGACGAAGACGGAACAAAACGAUCAGAAUGACAAGGAUCAUCUACCAGAGCUGGAUCAACGACAUCCUAAUCUCCAGGAUCUAGAGAAUAGUUUCGGUGGACCUCCAAAGGGAUCUAACGAUCAGAACUUUCAAAAUUCUGAAUAUUUCUCGAACGAUAAUAAGAACAACUUGCCAAAUAACAAUUUAAAUUCAGCUUCCUUGUAUCCAGUACAAUCUCAAGGCACGUAUAACUCGGAACAAGUGAUUUAUAACAAUAAUCAACUUUAUCAAUUGGAUAAGGAAAAAUAUUCUCAGAUUUAUCAAAACUCGUUGGAACCUUUGAAAAUAGAACCGAAUUUUUCACCAAACUUGGCCACUCAACAAUUCUCCAUUCAACAGAGUUUAGAAUAUCCAGCGAUUCAUCUUCAACAGAUUCAAUAUUCCUUUCCAGAGAAAGACUUACAAGUAUCCAAUUACAAUGACCUCUCUUCGUUACAUACAAAUUUACCUUUAACCUCGCCACAAUUUGAUACCUUAAAGAUAUCGAUGUUGGAAAAUCAGAAAGGACUAGAACUACCAAAGCUACAACCGCAAGAUUUCAACGCUUUACCAACAUUUUCGAGUGUCCACAUCGAUAUUGCCACUCAAGAACCUUUAACGUUGCCCGUGUUAAAUCCCAUUAACGCCCAUUACUGGCCAAGCCGUGGUUUGUUAGAACCUACAAUCAACAUACCAAGUAGGAAUCUCAUUUGGAGGAGGAGUAACAUGCAAAGGAAGAAGUUAGCAGUGAGAUCACCGGCGAGUCUUCGUGAUAGGAGACCAUUUCGAGUGUAGAGACUAAUCAGGACGAGACGCAGUGGUCUAUUCGUAUACAUUCUAUCCGUAUCCAUACAGAGGCUGGUACAAAUCAUCGAAGCCUUAUGGAUUUUAGAAACUUCGAGAUGAAAGAUUACAAAGUCUCGUAUGGAAAAAGGUGCCUUGAAAAAAGAAGAAAUGUGCGCAAACGUGCCAAUAUCCAAUCAACGCUCUCCCAGUGUUAUUUUUAAUCUAACAAGAAAUAAGAAAGAGAAAAGUACACGCGUAUGCAGAGAAGAAACUCUUUUUUGAUGAAAUAUUCUACUUUGUGAUAUAUGUUAACGAUCGACAGGAUAAAAUGUCAUUGACAGUUCACAGCACGAGCACGUGCUUUUUAAAUAACCGUCGUGAUUCGAACUCGCGAGUGGAGCCAUCUGUGAACGAAAGGCUUAACCCUUUCGUUCGUUCACCGAGCACGGAUUUCACUUCCGAUCGAUACUUGGAACAUUUUUUAAAUUGCUUACUUUCAAGUGAUACUUAUCUACCUGUUAU